GGACGAACCGGAAGGAGGAGAAAUGCUUUCACCAGGCACUCCACGGCUGUGAAGAUGGCGGCGGCUGCGUGUCUUCCGGGGCUGCCUGUCGUUCUUUUGCUUUUGGGGGCUCAGCCGUCCCCACUGUCGCUUUUCGGCAUAGGGCCAGCACCCGUGGCUGCCGGCGACCGUUCCAAGUGGCACAUUCCGAUACCGUCGGGGAAAAAUUAUUUUAGUUUUGGAAAGAUCCUCUUCAAAAAUACCACUAUCUUCCUGAAAUUUGAUGGAGAACCUUGUGAAGCAUCUUUGAAUGUAACCUGGUAUCUGAAAAGUGCUGACUGUUACAAUGAAAUCUACAACUUCAGGGCAGAUGUGGAGUCAUAUUUGGAUAGCCUUAAGGAAAAAAAAGGCUUGUCUGGGAAAUACCAAACAUCAUCGAAAUUGUUCCAGAACUGCAGUGAACUCUUUAAAACACAGAGCUUUUCUGGAGAUUUUGUUCAUCGACUGCCACUUUUAGGAGAAAAACAGGAGGUGAAGGAGAACGGAACAAAUACUACCUUGACUGGAGAAAAAAUUGCAAUGCAUGAACCUCUGAAAACUUGGCAAGAUGCACCAUACAUUUUUAUUGUGCAUAUUGGCAUUUCAUCUGCAAAGGAGGCAUCGAAAGAAAAUUCAAGAAAUAGUCUUUUUACCAUGACUGUUGAAGUAAAGGGUCCCUAUGAAUACCUCACACUCGAAGAAUAUCCAUUGAUGAUUUUUUUCAUGGUGAUGUGUAUUGUGUAUGUCCUAUUUGGUGUUCUGUGGUUGGCCUGGUCUGCCUGCUACUGGAGAGAUCUCCUGAGAAUACAGUUUUGGAUCGGUGCUGUUAUCUUCCUGGGUAUGCUUGAGAAAGCUGUCUUUUAUGCAGAAUUCCAGAACAUCCGAUACAAAGGAGAGUCGGUCCAGGGGGCCCUGAUCCUAGCAGAGCUGCUUUCAGCGGUUAAGCGCUCACUGGCUCGAACUUUGGUCAUAAUAGUCAGUCUGGGAUAUGGUAUAGUCAAGCCUCGACUUGGGGUCACUCUUCAUAAGGUUGUGGUCGCAGGAGCCCUCUAUCUUUUGUUCUCUGGCAUGGAAGGGGUCCUCCGAGUGACUGGGUAUUUUUCUUAUUCCUUGGCUCUGAUAGUAAACCUGGCCCUCUCAGCAAUUGAUUCCUGUAUUAUUUUGUGGAUAUUUAUUAGCCUGACUCAAACAAUGAAGCUGUUGAAACUUCGGAGGAACAUUGUAAAACUUUCUUUGUACCGACAUUUCACCAACACGCUUAUCUUGGCUGUGGCAGCGUCUAUUGUGUUUAUCAUCUGGACCACCAUGAAGUUCAGGAUAGUAACCUGUCAGUCGGAUUGGCGGGAGCUCUGGGUAGACGAUGCCAUCUGGAGGUUGCUGUUCUCUAUGAUCCUCUUUGUCAUCAUGGUUCUCUGGCGGCCAUCUGCAAACAACCAGAGGUUUGCUUUUUCACCAUUAUCUGAGGAAGAUGAGGAGGAUGAACAGAAAGAACCUAUGCUGAAAGAAAGCUUUGAAGGAAUGAAAAUGAGAAGUACUAAGCAAGAACCAAAUGGAAAUAGUAAAGUAAAUAAAGCAGUGGAGGAUGAUUUGAAGUGGGUAGAAGAGAAUGUGCCUUCUUCUAUGACAGAUGUAGCACUUCCAGCCCUUCUGGACUCAGAUGAGGAACGGAUGAUCACACACUUUGAAAGAUCCAAAAUGGAGUGAAAAAUGACGUGUGCAGCUGAAGAUGGCUAAUCUCUUUGUCAGUCUUCUCUACUGUUCCAUGGGAUUAAAGGAGGCAAUGACAUCUGAUCUGUUCCUUGAUAUUUGUGCACUGGAUCUGGUGACAAGUGUUAGAACAAGACCAUCUAACUGGAAACAAGUUCCCAGAAUGAGAAUAAGCUACAUGUUUCUUUUUACAACUUGAUGCCCCUUUCUCUCAUAUAUCCUGACAUGGAUGCUUAUGCAAUUUGUGUGUUUUUCCUGAACCUUCUAUAAUGUUUAAAUUGUUUAAUCUGUCAAACUAAAAAGUUUAACAUCUUCUAAGGAACUAUGACAUCAAUGCCAUAAUACGUAAUCUCCAGGAGCAACUGCCUGUACUUUUUAUUUAUUUAGGGAGUCACAUAGGUGAUGGAGGAAAUUGUUUGCUUGCUUUCCGUUUCCUGGGAAGUCAAGGUUAAAUCUUGUAGAGGUGGUUUCGAGGGGAGAAAAAAAAAAGUCCUGAGUUAAGGAGCCACAGUUCUAUCAAUGAUUAAAACACACGGAGAGGAAAAAAACUGUUACAGUGUGGUUCAGAUCAUUUACAAAAAGCAAAAUCAAGUGCAAUUUUGUUUACAAAUGGUGUAUAUUAAAGAUUUUUCUAUUUCAGAUGUACUUUAGAGAGAAAUACUAGUUUAACUCUGUUGACAUCUGUUAUUGUGACACAUCCCAUUGCUGGCAAUGUGGUGCACACUCCAGAACUUUUGACUACUGUUUUGUAAGCCACCAUGGGCAGCAUUGUGGAAUGUAAGGCUGCGCUUUAUUUGCCUUCAUGCCAUUCACUGGGUGUUGCACUAGGUGCAGGGAGGUAAUUGUCUUCUGAUAAGUGAGCAUCCUGCUCAAGGGACUGAUGCUUCAGAAGCAGGAACUGCUACAAAGGAAACACGUCCUACCAAUAGCUUAAUUUAAAUGGUUUUCCUGCAUGAAGUAAUAUGGAGACCCUGGACUGCUGCUCAUUCUUUAGUAUUGACUAUUCUUGUAUCUGGUGUUGGUUUAGAGAUUGUAUGAGACAUCACAAGGUGAUCGGAUUCAUUUAAAACACUAUAUAUUUGUUUUAAUGGUUUUAUCCGUAUUUGGCCUUCCCAAGAAUUUUGUUCUAGAGUUCAUGCCACUUUUUAAUAUCAAUAUAAAAAAUUUAACAAAA